AUGCUCAACCGCUCCUUCCACGCCGCUUGCGGCGGUCCUACUCGAGGCCAUAACACGUCUCCGAGGGAUGGUUCCGUGUACCGGGCGUCCCAGAGCAGCGAGGCCAACACCUCCCUCCUGCUCCGCGAGGCCACCACCUCCAUCUCUGCGCCCGCCGAGCUCGCCGUGAUCCGGCUGCUCCAGGGCUCGGCACGCUCGCCCGAGGACCUGCUCUUCACGGCGCAUGACCUGCUGCGCCUCGGGCUGCUGACGGGCGACACGGUCCGGGCGCUCUGCCUGUCGCUCGGCCUGUCGGACGAGCCGCUCGCGGCGAUGCUCGGCAGCCACGCGGCGGCGGGCGCCGACCCAAAGCACACGGCACUCAUCGCCGCGCCGUCGUCGCGGCUCGCGAGCGAGUUUGUGCUGCUCCGCAAGCUCGGCCACGGCGCGAUGGGCUCUGUGUUUCUCGCGCGGCACCGGCUCGACGGCGCGCAGUACGCGGUCAAGAUCGUUCCCUUCUUCGCGAGGCCGAGCCAGCCGGCGCAUGCGCUCGCGCAGGAGGCGGAGCGCGUGCUGCGCGAGGUGCAGGCCCUCUCCCGCCUCAACCACCGGAACGUCUGCCGCUACUACAACGCGUGGGCCGACCCGAGCCUGCAGAGCUGCGGCUGCAGCGGCUCGACCACCGACGGUUGGGGCGGUGACUCGAGCAGCGGGAGCGCGUGGGUCCGGGGCGGAGGCGCGAGCAGCUCGGGAGGGAGGGCGAUCGGAGGGGGCGUGCUCGGAUCGCCCGCGCCGGCGCUCUGGUCCUACCGCAAGGCGCUUCUCAUCCAGAUGGAGCUGUGCGCCCGCCCGCCGCCGCUCGCCUCGCCCCCGUCGAGACGCGUCGCGACCCGCCGUUGUGCCGCUGCACGCCUGAUCGCGUACGAGCUCUUCCACCCCUUCGGCUCUGCGAUGGAGCGAGCAAAGCACUUUGGCCAGCUGAGGCAGGGGCAGGUGCCGCGCGAGUUUGCGGCGCGGCGGCCGCGCCUCGCACGGCUCGUGGCGCGGCUGCUCUCCCUCGCGCCCGAGGCGCGCCCGCUCUGCGGCGCCGUCCUCUCCGAGCUGCUCGAGAUGAGGGCCGAGGGGAAGAUCGACGCGCGCGCCGGGCCGAUGCGCGCUCAGCGUGUCCCCGCGACGGCGCAGGCGCGGGCGCGGAGCUCCUCGGCGGACUCGGACUCGACGUCGGAGCAGAUGCUCUCGCCGCUGCUGCCGCCCACCGCCGCCGAGCGCGUCUCGCCGCUCCUCUCGCCCGCGGCGACGCCCCUGCUGCCGCCGGCCAAGCUCUCGCGGCUGCGCACACCUCUCGCACCGCAGCUGGUCGAGCGAGCCGACAGCGAGCAGCCCUUCUUCCUAUCGCCGGCGGCGGCGCCGCCUCCUCCCUUGCCGGGCGGCUCGGCCGCGGCGGGCGAGGAGCGCGUCGACGUGGCGCGGCUGCGAGUCGAGAUGCAGAUCCUCGCAGACGAGCUGCGGCGUUCCGAGCUUCCCGCCUGA